CCGCAUCCGGAAGGGCCAAAUUAUGUACUUUCUUCCAUAGCUUUUAGAUCGUCUCUCUCGCCGCAUUUCAAUAUCAAUCAGCUCAAUACAAAGUUACUGCUGAGGAUGCGCAAGGUGAUCUAUCUAUCUCGUGUGCCACACGAACUCAACAUACCCAUGUGUUCUUUCUCAAGGACUGGCAAGUCAAAGAUGAGGCCAUCACUGAGUUUCAACAGCUCGCGCCUCUUCAUCAAAGCCGACUCUUGACCCAUGCUUGACCUUCUAGUCAAUAUACGUCUCAACAUGUGUGGGUCAUCACUAUGCAGCCACCAAAAGCUGUAACGAUUGAAUAGCCUCCUGGCCAUAAAAAUUCACCUAUUAAAAGACAUCGUACAUCAAAUCUCGAAAUCACCACAGAAUCUCACGGAAAUGCGGGCUCGAAGAUUAAUUAGCCACCCGACUACGGCGUUUAUGGAGCAUUGCCUUUGUUGCAUGACUAGCCGCCUCGGAAGUACACCGCUUAAAGUCUUAAUUCUGCAAGAAGGAUGAAAGACUUCCGCUUUGGAUCUAAUUGUAUCUAACAGCUAGUCCUCAUGUCUAAUGUGACCUCAGGGGCGACACAUUCGGUCUAUUCAGCCUACUACUACCAGCGAUAAUUGGCGCACACAUUCUCGUUAUGGUUGAGCGACCUGUCGUAGCAUGGCUUUGCACUCAACAAAGCUUUGGUGGUUGCUGAAAAUCACUUAUGUCUUUGAAUCUUGUCGUGCCAACGACUCUGUGGGAAGCUUCUUACCCGCACAAACAAUACCUUUUCAAGCUACUUUAUUGGCUCUAGUACACUUUACUAGCGAAAAAGUGCCACUCAUAUUAAUUCAUUCUAUGAGCGCCAUCUUUGACCUCCUUGCCGCCGGCAGGCCCGUGUUGAUACUAGGGUUGGUAUUUAUCGCAAAAAACGUCCAGGACAAUUAUUGGAAUCAGAUUACGAUUCCUUUGGCAUCAAAUUAAUUCGGCAUAAUAAACUCGUUGGGAGUUUGCACACCUGGCAGAAGUGGAGGUAACACUGACAUCUUACUUGUCGCUUAUUUGAGUGACUAAUUGGUAUUGAAAGCAAAGAAUUAUCUAAAGUGUGCGGGGCUCUGACCUCCUUUUCAUAUUUUCAAUUAUCGACAUUCCGGUACUGAUGAAUAUUCAGGUUAAGUACACAAGAUUACAGUACUUAAAUUUCAAGUUCAAUCGCGGUAACAAGGCCCAGCGUUGACUAAAAAAAUUCAAACGAGACCAAAAACCAAAUCCGAGAUGUUAUCACUUUUGCUACCCGGACAACAGAAUCACAGUGGAAAGUCGAAAGGAAUUUGGCAUGAAUUUUCUUUCAAAAGGAGAUAUGGAUUCGAGACCCAAAUUACUACAUAACUAUCACCACAUACACCGCUAUUCUUCCAAAUGUAAUCGACAAAUGUUCGUACUACUUUGACCAGCCCAUGAAACGCUUUGUAGUUCAAGUGUGAGGAAAAUAGACGCGUCAUUGGCUUUUUCGCCAGUUUGUAGAUCCCAACUCUCCACCCAUAAAGUAUUGUCAAAGCUCUUUCCAACGUAUAUUCUCUUCCCGCUUCCGGUGCACGCAAAAACUACCACGUAACGGACGGGAGCUCCAUCCGACGUAAAAGUCCAAUGCAAUUCAAAAGAUAUCGUUCGAGAACUGUUACGCAGAAAAGAAGUAACCAUCGCAUUUUUGCAGCUUUUUGGCUGUGUAUGUACUCCACAAUGGACGGCAAUUUUGCCGCAGCUACUGACCAUACAAAUUUCCCCGAGGUAAGCCAGAAAGUCUCUUGGUCCUUCUAAUGAAUUGUUUUUCUUUGUGCACAAAAUGCCAAUUUCCACAAUAUGUUUCUUCUCCCAGAGUUGCCCUCCUAGACGAUACGUCUUUUUACACCAACCUUUUGUAAGCUCUUGUACUGCAUCAGCAUCAGCACCGACGGCAUCGAAAUACUCGGUACAAAAUGGCAGAUAAAAAUGUUUUUUUGAUAAAGCUUUUGCAACUGUUGACAAAGUUUUGUUAUUGUUAAGGUGACGUUUGCUCAUUCCUGGUAUAUCCAUCGAGCGUAAUAUUAUUACAUGCGUGGCACGAUCUAAACCUGGACAUACUG